AUGCUCCUUAUAUGUAUCUAUCUGCCAAAAUUCAAUGGGGUCUUCGGACUCUCCCCAACCAACAAAUCGCUCAAAUCCACGCCCAAUUGCAUUGCCACCAUGACUGAGACUCACAGAAAGACUAUCCUCAUCACUGGGGCCUCGGGCUUCCUCGCAACUCAUGUUGUGAAGGCUUUUCUUCGGCAGGGUUAUUAUGUCCGCGGGACUGUUCGAUCGGACCAGGCUGCAGCGAACGUACGAAAGGGAUUUUCGCAGUAUAGCGGUCGGCUGUCAUUCGCUAUUGUUGAGGAUAUAGCACAGCCCGGAGCUUUCAAUGAAGCCGUGAAAGGGGUCGAUGGUAUCGUUCAUACCGCUUCGCCAUUCCAGACUUCAGUUCAAGACAACAAGCGAGAUCUUCUGUGGCCUGCUAUUAACGGCACCACGUCCAUUCUUCGGGCAGCCCAGGAGUACGCACCGCAAAUUAACCGAGUCGUGAUCACAUCUUCGAUGGCUGCCGUGAUAGACGCCGGAAAAGGUCCGCAGUCCGACUAUACAUAUACCGAGGAAGAUUGGAAUCCUAUGACAUUUGAACAGGCUGAACGUGCCAACGGCUUAGUCGCCUACGCUGCUUCCAAGGCAAUUGCGGAGCAAGCUGCCUGGCGAUAUAUGGAAACAAACAUGCCUCACUUCAGCCUGACCACAAUUUGCCCUCCCAUGAUCUAUGGCCCCGUGGAGCAUCACGUUCCUACUAUGGCAAAAUUGAAUACAAGUGCGGAUGAUAUCUAUAGGCUAUUCAAUGGUAGCAGCACGGAGAUCCCCUCGACAAUUUUGCCAGUCUUUGCGGAUGUUCGUGACGUUGCCCAAGCCCACCUCUCUGCAUUUGAAUCUCAGAAGGCAGCAGGAGAACGUUUUAUUGUUAGCUCUGGAGGCUACACCUACCAAGAAGUCUGCGAUAUUCUUCGAUCAGUCUUUCCCGAGGUCAGGGAUAAAGUCCCUAUUGGCCAGCCUGGGCAAUAUGAACCGGCAGUCAUCAAGGUCUCGAGUAACAAAAUCAAGACCCUACUGGGCAUUACGUUUCACACGCUGCAGGAGACUGUGAAGGACACUGCCGAUAGCUUGUUGGCGCUGGAAGAAGCUUGCAAGGCAUACUAG